ACAUGGCUGAAGAACUAUGGCUACCUGCUCCCCCAUGACAUCCGAACGUCAGACCUGCGGUCAGAGAAAGCCAUGCAAUCGGCAGUCGCUGCCAUGCAGCGAUUCUAUGGCAUCCCAGUGACUGGAAUCCUGGAUCAGACCACCAUAGAAUGGAUGAGGAAACCUCGAUGUGGCAUUCCUGACCACCCCCACAUCAGCCGACGGAGGCGGAAUAAACGCUACGCCCUGACGGGACAGAAAUGGAGAGACAGAAAGAUCUCUUACAGCAUACACAACUUUACCCCUAAAGUGGGGGAGAAAGACACGCAGAGAGCCAUACGGCAGGCCUUUGACGUGUGGCAGACGGUGACCCCACUGACUUUCCAGGAGGUGGCCUACUCCGAGAUCAAGAACGAGGGGAAGGAGGCCGACAUCAUGAUCUUUUUCGCCUCUGGUUUCCAUGGUGAUAGCUCUCCCUUUGACGGGGAGGGGGGGUUCCUGGCCCAUGCCUACUUCCCGGGCCCUGGGAUCGGAGGGGACACUCACUUUGAUUCGGACGAGCCCUGGACACUAGGCAACGCUAAUCAUGAUGGUAAUGACCUUUUCUUGGUGGCGGUACAUGAGCUUGGGCACGCCCUGGGACUGGAGCAUUCGAAUGACCCCAGUGCCAUAAUGGCUCCCUUCUACCAGUACAUGGAGACACACAACUUCAAACUGCCCCUCGAUGACCUCCAGGGUAUCCAGAAAAUAUACGGUGUCCCUACAGCCAUGCUGGAGCCUACACGGCCACUACCCACCUUGCCCGCUCGCCGAACCCACCCCACCUCAGAGAGGAAACACGACCGUCAGUCUCGCCCGCCACGUCCGCCCUCCGGUGACAGGCCCUAUUUCCCCAAUGGCAAACCCAACAUCUGUGAUGGCAACUUCAACACCGUGGCCUUCUUCAGACGCGAGAUGUUUGUCUUCAAGGACCGAUGGUUCUGGCGACUGCGGAACAACGAGGUGCAGGAGGGCUACCCGAUGCAGAUUGAGCAGUUCUGGAAAGGUCUACCGCCCCGUAUCGACGCCGCCUACGAGAGAUCGGACGGCAAAUUUGUAUUCUUUAAGGGUGACAAGUACUGGGUAUUCAAAGAGGUGACUGCUGAGCCCGGGUACCCCCAGAGUCUGGUGGAGCUGGGUAACUGUCUCCCUAAGGACGGCAUUGACACAGCACUGCGCUGGGAGCCCGUGGGCAAAACCUACUUCUUCAAAGGGGACCAGUACUGGCGCUACAACGAGGAGAAACGCAUGGCCGACCCGGGCUACCCCAAACCCAUCACUGUGUGGAAGGGCAUCCCCGAGGCGCCGCAGGGAGCCUUCGUCAGCAGGGAGGGCUUUUAUACCUAUUUCUACAAAGGGAAGGACUACUGGAAGUUUGACAACCAGAAGCUGACCGUUGAGCCCGGCUACCCCAAGUCUAUUGUCAAUGACUGGAUGGGCUGCCACCAAUCAGACAUGGAGAAGAACAAGGACCGGCAGCUUCCCCACGAUGAUGUGGACAUCAUGGUGACCAUCAAUGACGUGCACAGCACUGUCAACGCCAUCGCUGUGGUGAUUCCCUGCAUCCUGUCGCUGUGCAUCCUGGUCCUGGUCUACACCAUCUUCCAGUUCAAAAACAAAGGGGUGCAACAGAACGUCACCUACUACAAACAUCCUGUCCAGGAGUGGGUAUGA